GCGCCGCGCCUUGGCCGCCGGCGUGUUCGCGGGCGGGGAUGCAAAUGCGCGCCCCGCCCGGCGGCAAGGCUUCGCGCCGGCGUCCUUUUGUGUGGUCGCAGGGCGGCGGCAGGGUCCGCAAAUCACCGGCCGCGCGAUUGGGCCGGGAGGCGUCCGGGCCCUGUGUCUUUCGGCAAAUUCGGAGACAAAGCCCAAUCCGCCAGCGGGCCGGCCGGGUGAAGUGUUGGAUAUGUGGAGGGUCAAACAACAGUGGCGCUUCUCGACUUGCAAACGCGGUGGCGUAUGUACAACGCAUUCCUUCGCAAUGAAUCACGUGCCGAGCGUUCUAAUCGUUCGAGAAGAAAACGCGCCCCAUGGUAACUAUUCCUCUCGGGGAGCCAAAGAACUUCCGUGCCAAGGACUCCCCGAAGAAGAAGCCGCCGGGCCGCUGGCUUCCUUCCUGCCUCGCCCCGGGGGGCAAGUGCGCAGGCCCUAGGCCCAAAAGGCAGAGAGCGGGCCUAUGUGAACCCGGUGGAGGAAGGUGGGAAGCUGGAGCUGCACGGGGGCAGCCUCCCAAAUCCCAAGCAUGCAGGGAGGUGCCCACCCUCCCGCGCGCCCCAUGUAUAUUCAAGUUUAUAACCGGUCGAGAGGCGGCGAAAGUGCGGGCGAUGCCGGCCGAGGCGGCGCGCAGGUUGGUAGGUUUGGGCCGUGGGCCUUCCGCGUGGUGCCUCGCUCCAUCGGGUGGAGUGGUUACCAGUUGGACAGCGCCAGGCAGCCAGGGCCCGGCCCCCUGGUUCUGCCGCGGCCCGAUCUAUGUGUGGCGACCGCGCGCCCGCGCCUGGCGUGGAUAAAGGGCGGG